AUGGACAGACGGACAGACGGACGGACAGAGCGGCAGCACCCGCCCCGCCACCACUUACUUUGUGACUUUGAAAAUGCGCACCCAGAUCACCUCGAAGAUGCUUCCGAUGAUAACCUGGGCGGAGGAGAGUGUCCCCGUCCUGUCCCCAUCCCGUCCCUCUCCCUCUCCCCAAUCCUGUCCCCAUUCCCAUCGCUAUCGUGGCCUCUGCCCCAUCCUCGUCUUGGCCUCAUCCCAUCUCACCCUCAUCCCAUCCCAUCCAUCUCAUCCCCAUCCCUAUCCUAUCCCCGUCCCCAUUCCCAACCCAUCCCACUCCCAUCCCAUCCCCAUUCCCAACCCAUCCCA